AUGUAUUCGUUUCGUGAGCCGCAGCAGAUCCUCCAUCGUAACACGGAGCCACAAUGGUCUCCACGGCCACGACAAGACACGGAAUCCGGUUUGGACCGGCUCGAACGUGAAGAAGCGGCUUACGAAGAACAGCUUGAAAGAAUUGUGUUGCCAACCGCGCCCAUGCCCUUGGGCUUGACCAGCAGCACGCCCAAGCCGGAAGUCAAGGUCCACGUUCGAUCCAAAGCGCCAGUAGGAUUAAAUGGACCAACGUUUUGGGGAAGACAUCGAAAGGAAGUAGAGCGUCUGGCGCUCUUGCGUUCGUCAAAGGUGCAAGAGCAUGACGGUGAUUCCAUAGAGGAGGAAGGCAAUGAUUCGACGAUGGACUUUGGUAGACCCAGUUUCGCCAGCACAGUGUUGGCUGGCUCCGACGACAACGAUGACGGUGCGAGCGGUGCUAGUAUGGACAUGUCCAGAGAUAGUGUUGGUUCCACGUUGACACUUACCUCUCCGACGGGUCGCUCUGGCUAG